AUGUCCUCCAACUCUUCACAAGUUAACGGGAAGCCUAACAAAAAUAAUAAUAAUAAUAAUAAUAUUAAUAUUAAUAAUAAUAAUGUUAACAAAAUCAAUGACAAUAACAAUAUCAAUAACAAUAUUAGCAACUAUAAUAAUAACAGUAUAAAUAGUUCCAGUGCUAUAACCCCCCAAAAUGUGUCUAACGUUCCUGUGACCCACAGUGACUCCAAGCAAUCAGAUACCGAUAACGUGGAACUCCAUCAUACCAGCAAAGUUAAACAUGCCGAACCAAAACCCCCUCCCAAGGGUCGAUUUGGAUGGGUCAAAAGAUUAAUGCAGGGCCAGGGGCAAGGUCAUAGUGCUAAUAAUCAUAUUGGCCCUAAUGGAGUAUCCCAGAAACAUAUGAAUGGAAGAAGAAUAAGAAAUGACGUAGCGACCACAUCAACUUCCGCACCAGCAACUACAAAUACGACAGCUAUGUUUCCUGACGAGAAUAUUGGCUCAUAUAAUAGGUACUACGGUAAUUACGGGUCCAGUAGUAGAAAGAACAGUAGCUCCAACUCUGAACCACGAGGAGAAAAUUGGAAGGGCAAGAGCAAUAACCGUCAUAGUAGGAGUCACUCAACUGGAAAACACAGUGUUGGGACAUCUCUGACAAUUGCUCAAAAUUCUAGCACGUCAGUUUUGGGUAUCGCAAGCAAUGACUCUUCACAUGAACGGUUUGAUAGAAGGAACAGUGCUGGUACUAGUGAGAUUUCAUUUAAUGAUGUCGAUAGAAGGUCUUUAACCAGUGGGCUAUCAUCAUUUGAAAGUAACGAUAUUGAAAGUGAUAAUGUUUCUACUAUCCCGUUGAAGUCAAUUACUCUGGGGACAUCAACAGCCACCAGAGAGCCCAGUAUUUUAUCUAAUAACCAUAGAAGUGGACUCCCCAAUGGUCAUUAUAUUCAUUAUUCACAUCAAUCUACUGCUGCGACUAUUGUCACGGCAGCUACAUCCACCUCAACUGCGGCUAGUAUGACACAAGGAUUAGGUAUUGAUCUGUUUUCAGGUCAUGAACCAUCAACUACUGCACCUUCAAUAAUGACCAAUACCUUAAUAGUUCCUAGUGUUCAUUCACCUAUGGAUACAGAAAGUAUUAUUACAUUGGCGUCAAGCUCCAGACGUAUGAGACGAAGAAGUAUUGAUACUAAUUGCUCGACCAAUGGGAUCCCCCCUGCCAGUAUUUUUGAAAGGUUAAGCGUAUAUCCACGGGAGAACAUGAGAGACAGUGAUGUAGUCACCACAAACACCACAAACACCACCACUGGGGGAGGGAACCGUAUUACAUCUACAAGCACAAACACCACCACCUGUUCUACGCUGAGUUCCAAUGCUGUGGGUAACCCCAAUAAUGGGACUUCUGUAUCUCAUGCUUCUAACAGUAAACCUGGAUCACUUUAUGCGUCAAGUGUUGUUACUUCCAACAAUGAAGGUGGGAAUUCAGGUGAAUCACCUGUAACUACGAGUAUAAAUGAGACGUCUGUUGGAGCAUGA